AUGUUAACUGGGGCAGAAUCCUCUGUUGAUGUUGCUACAGAAGAGAACUUAAACAGACUUGUGGAGAUUGGGGAAAAGUUGUUGAAGAAACCAGUUUCUAGGGUAAAUUUGGAGACUGGUUUUACUGAGCCAGUCAACAAUGGUGGCAAAAAUGAGUAUGCUCUAAAAAAGUAUGGAGGCAAUCAAACAAUUUUUUUUGUAAAUCCAGUUGGUUCUUGGCUACCAAAAAAUUAUGGAAAAGACUAUGAUACAAGGUGUAAUUUUUGGAAUCAUAUCAAAAGUUACGAUUUAAUUCAGUAA